AUGGCUGAAUCCAAGAAUAAUCGAGAUAAAAAGAAAAGUCAUCAACGAAAACCUUAUUCCAAUAGAACGGUGUUAUUUGUUGUAGUUCUUCCGAUUAUCGCAAUUAUUUUGCUCUUCCAGGUUUUUACAAGUAAAAUUUUUGAGGAAAUUGGCCUUCCAGCCGAAUGCCUUGCAACAGCAAAUAUUAUUCAAAACAGAAAAUUUGACUUGAAUGAUAGAAUUAUUGAUACGAGACUUCGUGAUUUUGGGAAAAAAUCACAAGAAACAGACGAUUCAUUACGAAACUUGUACAUGAAAAGUUCAUCCGUGCUCACGAAAAUUGAAGAUUCUAAAUCAUGGUUUCAAUAUACGAAAAUUUCAAAAACAAAAAUUGAAGAGUUUAGACGUAACGUGCAAUAUUUUGGGGAAAGAUUAAAUCAUUUCAUAACAAAUAUUGAGGAAUUAAUGGAAGACCUACGUUUGGUAAAUAAAAGCCCCGAAGAUUUUGGAAAGGAUUUAUUAAAUUUACAUACUACAGCUCUUCAAAUGAAAAUAAUUUUAAAUUUUUAUGGCAAAUCAUUUGCCAACGACUUUAUCAAUGAUGAUAAAUUUGUAGGACUUAUCAAAGAUUUUUAUUACGAGUUUAAUAAGAAAGUAAAUCCUAUACAAAAAGCCUUUAUUCGAAAUUUGGCUGAUACAAUCAAUAACGGUCUUGGAGAGAUUAAUAAUCUUGAUAUAUCAACUGAGGAUGCAAUCACAGAACAUACGGCAGGCAUAUCAUAG